GUUUGCCUUCUCCGCACAGGAGUGGUCUGCAAUAGACCCUGUUUUUUUUUUGUUAAAUUAGUCCCAUUUGAACAUAGACCCUCUCCCAAAUUUUGCCACCUCACUUGCAAUCCACUUUGAGCAUUGGAGAUGCCCUAAUAUCACGGGGGGAGGGGGAUUCCUAGAACAUUUUUCUAAUUCUAAAAUUAAAAAUAAGCAGUGACGGUCAAGUAGUGAAGGUCAUUCGCGGCUCUGUGCUUCUUCAAUGGCGUCCGCUAUUAUCUGUGGCUCCAGCUCCGCACCAUAUUAGUCUUCAAUGGCGGACUUGGGAGAAGAGAAGCUUGGCUUGACUGGGUGUGGGGGAAAAGAACGUGGACGUGUAUCAGUGUAUGUCCCUAUGCAGGUUGUCUUUCCGGUGCGGGAGGAUUCGCAGAAUGCUCCCAACAAAGGUUCCUUGCCACCUGCUGCAGCCACCUCCUCUUCCAGUUCUCGCUUGGUCCCCUCUGCCCAUGAACUGCUUGCUUUGGCUUCCCGGAAAAGGAGAACUUCACCCAGACGGCCAGACAGGGGAGGAUCUAUGUUAGGGCUAUGGUGGGCUGAAGCCCAGGGCAAAGUAAAAAAAAUUAAUUUUUUUAAGGUAUUAUUUUCACAAAAUUCUAUCCAGCCCAGCCCAAAUUUUUCUAUAGCCCAAUCCAAUUUUUCAGCCCAACCCAUAAAACAAAAUCAUUCCAUCUAAAAAUCUAAUCUAAAUGUUAUACGAAUUACCUCCCACUUAACAAGAGGCACUUUUGUACAUCGUAUAAGGGCCGUAAAGCCCAAAAGGAAUAAAUGUAAUAAAUACAAUAAAAUAUGAUUCAAAUAUGAUUCACAUCAACUUGUAAAGUGUUUGAGUAUAUUCAAGAACAUUGUCCAAAAGUGAGUUCUUGGGCAGAAGUUCAUAGUGUAUAUAGACACUUUCCAUGUUUUGAAUUUGUGUUCAAUUCACUUUUGUUAUAACGAGUAUUCUUUGUCAAGACCUUCAAACAAUUAUUGGAUAUCUUGAUAGCAAUGAGACAUGUUUCUACUACGCAACUCAUUCUCAGGGAAGUGACAUAAAAUGGAUGUGAAGGCUUUCUUGAAGAAGCAAAGGAGUUUUGCUCAAAAAAGAAAUUCUUGUACCGAAAUUGAAUUCUAAAUAUAUGGUUGGUCAUUGCCGAAAAGAAACUAUAGUUGAGCACUCAUUAUCACUUUGUUUUCAAUGAGGCAAUAGACUCUGUAUUGUUGAAGUUAAGGACUCGGUUUAAUGAUAAAUCAAUGGAUCAAACUCCUUUCUUUGAGUGCUUCAUUGGAUCCUGAAAGUUCAUAUGUGUCAUUCAAUGCCGAUGCUAUUUGUAAUCUCUUGCAAGGAAGUUCUAUCCCGAAGGUUUUAGUAAUGCUUUUGAAUUCGAGCGACAACACUAUGCUCAUGAUGUGAUUCAUGAUACAAAGUUUCGAGUAUCUACACUUGUUGAAUUAUGUGAGCAGUUGACUAAGAGCAAAAGAUCUGUUUCAUAUGUUAUGAUCAGCAUAUUGAUUCGCUUUGUAUUGAUCUUAUUGUUUUCACUACAACAAUAAAAUGAUCAUUUUCUGCCGUGAAACUUUUAAAGACAACACUCCGCGACAAAAUGGAUGAUGACUUUUUUGUUAAUUGCAAU